AUCUGACAAAAUGCGAUCACUUUACCGUUAAACUUGGGACGAGUCUUUUGUCACAAAUGUUUGACCUCCCUUAAGAAGUCACUAGCAUUGCCCGAACCAAUCUACCUGUUCUGAACAGGCUAGACUACCAUGGCCACCUCACCUGUUGCCGUCGUUUGCGUCGGCAUGGCUGGAUCUGGCAAGACUACCUUCAUGCAAAGAAUAAACAACCAUCUCCAUGUAAACAAGACAAAACCUUAUGUUCUCAAUCUUGACCCCGCGGUCGUCAAUGUCCCUUUCCAAGCAAACAUCGACAUCAGAGACAGCAUCAAUUACAAAGAGGUCAUGAAACAGUACAACCUUGGACCCAAUGGCGGAAUCCUUACUUCGCUCAAUCUCUUUGCCACAAAGAUUGACCAAAUCAUGUCACUACUAGAAAAGCGCGCCAAUCCCCCACCUGAAAGCACCGUCGCACCACCCAAGCAUUUCCUUGUCGACACUCCAGGACAGAUUGAAGUAUUUGUGUGGUCCGCUUCGGGCAGCAUAUUGCUUGAAUCACUGGCCUCGUCCUUUCCAACAGUCAUUGCAUACAUCAUCGACACGCCUCGAACCUCUUCGACCUCUACCUUCAUGUCUAAUAUGCUCUAUGCAUGCUCCAUCCUCUAUAAGACGAAACUUCCCAUGAUCUUGGUCUUUAACAAGACUGAUGUACAAGACGCUGAUUUCGCAAAAGAGUGGAUGACCGACUAUGAAAAAUUUCAGGAAGCCUUGACCGAAGAGCAGAACAAGGGAGUUUUCGGAGGCGAAGGAUUCGGCGGAAGUGGUUACAUGGGCAGUCUUCUCAACAGUAUGAGUCUGAUGCUUGAAGAAUUCUAUUCCCAUUUAAGUAUGGUCGCCGUGUCAAGCAUGACUGGAGAGGGUGUGGACGAUUUCUUCACCGCUGUCGAGGAGAAGCGACAAGAAUUUGAAAAAGACUACAAGCCAGAACUUGACAAGCGAAGGAGAGAACGCGAACAAGAAAGCGCCAGCCAGAAAGCGAAUGACUUGACUAGGAUCAUGAAGGACAUGAAUGUCGAUCCCUCCCGAUCGACCAAGCAGGCGCCGCGGACGCGAGGAGCCCCAAUGGACGAGUCUUCUGGCGACGAUGACGAUGACGAUGGCGAUGACGAGGAUACAAAUGACCCGGAUAACUAUCCAGAUGCAGAAAGGGAAGAUGAUGAUGAACAAAGCCUCAGGCGGAGAUACCGUAACGCUCUUCGAGAGCAGGGCUUGCAGGUCGAGGAUGACGAUCCCACCAUAGCUCAGAUGAUAGCACAGACAAAACGGGGUGGUUGAGAGUGGCAUGAUUUGCCACGGGCCUUCGUUGUGUAUUGAUACCCAUUUAGCGUGGAUUAGGAGCAUAGAGCAUAAUUCCCAAUCAGGGAGAGGAAACAAGAACAAUCACGAUAGUCC